AUGCGAACCAGGAGGCACACAGAGAAGGAACCUACUUCUCCUCCCCCUCCCCCUCCCGCUUCUUCAGCUGCAAAAGGCAGUGCCAACAACCACGAUGCAGAAGGCCGGAGUAUUGCGGACUCGUCAAGGAACGCAGUUAACAGAGUCAUACGAAGGGUCAAUGCUCGAGGUUCAUUGCGGACAAAGAAAGAAUUGCAGCAAGAUAAGCGGUCGAAAAGCAAAGAUAAACACAUCAUUGAUGCAAAGGUUACAUGGAAUGAAGUGGAUGCACUGCGUUCUGCAAAUGUACACAAGGAAAGUGAGCGAGGGGACAUUGGUGCCUCUAGUUGCCCUCUUCAGAACAGCGAUGAUGACAUCGACUGGGAAGAUGGUUCUACUUCUGCUGCGGAACCUGUAAUAAUUCGUUCCGUCCCAGGUGAUGGUACCAAAACACUGACUAUCGAAUUUGGGACAUCACCUGAUUCUGCCAACCGAAAGCCUUCCCGUCGAGCUACUGCUGAAGAAAAGGAGUUGGCUGAACUCGUGCAUCGGGCACAUUUGCUUUGUUUGCUUGCAAGGGGCAUAGUAGUUGAUAGUGCUUGUGAUGAUCCUCUUCUUCAGGCUUCGUUAGUAUCCCUUCUACCAACUUACUUGUUGAAGAUACCAGAGCUCUCAAAAGUUACUGCCAAGGCUUUGGCUCCUAUUGUUAGUUGGUUUCAUAGCAAUUUCCAUGUCAAGAGUGCAGCCAGCAAAAAUCUGUCAUUUUCUUCAGCUUUGGCUUUUGCUCUUGAAAAUCGUGAAGGAUCUGCAGAGGAGAUUGCAGCACUGUCUGUGACACUGUUCAGAGCGUUGAAACUUACAACUAGGUUUGUGUCUAUUCUGGAUGUUGCCUCCAUAAAACCUGAUGUUGAUGACUGUGAAUCCUCAAGUCAUAGUGCCAGCAGAGUGCGCCGUGGAAUAUUUAAUUCUUCAACGCCUAUGGUGGACAGACUGCAGGAAAUCUCUAUUUCUCCUAAUGCAUGCGAAUCUUCAUCAAAAGGCUUGUCCAAAAGUAAAGAAACGCAUGCAACGCAGAAGAAAAUUGAUUUUCUUGCUCCUGAUGAACUUAAAGUUGGACCGGGAGAUUCAUUACCAAGUGAGCCACAAUGUAAUUCUCUUGUACCCAAUACUGAGAAGUUCCAAGGGUCAAAGCGGAAAAGUGAUAUUGAGUUUGAGAUGCAAUUGCAAAUGGCUCUCUCUGCGACCGCAGUUGCUGAUCCUAAAAGUAGUGUGGUACAGGAUGCUACAAGUCCUAAUACAGAAUGUUGUGAAGUCCUCUCUUCACCCAAACGAGUAAGAAGAGUUGAAACUGAUCGAUCUAUGCCUAUCUCUACUGCAAUCGGCUCGAGAAAAAUGGGAUCCCCACUUUACUGGGCAGAAAUAUAUUGCACAGAAGAAAACUUGGCAGGAAAAUGGGUGCAUGUGGAUGCUAUAAAUGCGAUCAUAGAUGGAGAACAUCAGGUUGAAGCUGCGGCAACUGCAUGCAAAACAUCUCUAAGAUAUGCAGUUGCAUUUGCUGGGCGAGGGGCGAAAGACGUGACCCGCAGGUAUUGUAUGAAAUGGCACAAAAUAGCAUCCCAAAGAGUUAAUUCUACUUGGUGGGAUGCUGUGUUACGACCAUUGAGGGAGUUGGAAUCAGGGGCGACAGGAGCUCCAUUGCAAUUGGCAGAGAACGGUGAUGCUGUAGCCGGCCCCAAAGCUGAUCUACAACCUUCUUGGAUAAAUUCUUUUGUUGCCAGUAGAGACUCUUUAGAGGAUAUGGAGUUGGAGACUAGGGCGUUAACUGAGCCUCUUCCUACUAAUCAGCAAGCUUAUAGAAGACAUCAUCUAUAUGCAAUUGAGAGGUGGCUUACCAAGUUUCAGAUACUCCAUCCAAAAGGUCCUGUUCUUGGUUUUUGUUCUGGCAAUCCAGUUUAUCCUCGUGCCUGUGUCCAAACUCUCAAAACGAAAGAAAGAUGGUUGCGUGAAGGGCUGCAGGUUAAAGCCAAUGAGCUUCCAGCAAAGGUUCUGCUAGAAACCAAGAAGUUUCAAAAUAAAGUACAAUUCUCAGAAGGUGACGAUUGUAACUCUAAGGGAAACACUGAACUUUAUGGAGAGUGGCAGUUGGAGCCAUUGCAGCUACCUCCUGCUGUAAAUGGGAUUGUGCCAAAGAACGAACGAGGCCAAGUUGAUGUGUGGUCCGAGAAGUGCCUGCCACCAGGGACCGUGCACUUGAGGUUGCCAAGGGUAUUUAAUGUUGCCAAGAGGCUAGACAUUGACUAUGCCCCUGCUAUGGUUGGCUUUGAAUUCAGAAAUGGUAGAUCGGUCCCAAUUUAUGAUGGUAUUGUGGUUUGCGCUGAGUUCAAGGAUGUUAUAUUGGAGGCCUAUGAUGAGGAAGAGGAUAGGAGGAAGGCAGAAGAGAAGAGGAGAGAUGAAGCAAUGGCUGUUUCAAGGUGGUAUCAACUUGUCUCCUCCAUUAUAACCAGGGAAAGGUUAAAUAAAUUGUAUGGAAACAAUUCAUCAGCCCACAUGAUUAAUUCUCAGAACGCGAAUCAUAAUAAGACUGAUAAAGAAGUCUGCGACCGAGAUCUUGGUGAGCAUGCAAUCCAAACACCCUCUGGUGUAGAGCACAGGAUCACGGCUGCUUCAUUUUCUGCAUCAACAACAGAGGAGCAUCAACACAUUUUUUUGGCGGAGGAUGAGAGUUUCGAUGAGCAGAGCUUAGUGAGGACAAAGCGGUGCUACUGCGGGUUCUCUCUGGAAGUGGAGGAAUUGUAG